AGCAGCUUCAACCCCGUUAUUGAUUGCGCGGCAGCACCUCGGUCGGCACUCUCGCUCCUCUGCUCGGCUCGGCCGGCCCUUCUUCACGCCAGCACGCUGCUUCACACCGCUCUCAGUGCGAAAUGAGAGGGCAGAAGUAAAUCAGGUUGAAGAAGGGAUUGACCACCGCCGCCGGCCUCGAGCAAAUCACUUUUUAUUUUUAGUUUUUGCUGAUAUUCGAAUUUGAUAAAAAAAAAAUGGCGAAUGUGGCGCAUCUGGUGCGAAGGCAGAGUUCGCGCGACCUCAACCCUCAAAGGUCGCUCGACAGGGUGGAGCUCAAGGACAUGAGAGGCAGACUCGUGCGUCAGCAGACAGGCAACGCGGUCAAUUACGGCACCACCAACGCCGCCUUCGAGGACACCAGCCCCAACACGCUGGCUUCCGUCACAGAGGCGACGGUGAAAGACGUGCGGGACGCGAUCGAGGGCAAGGACGAGAAGAAGACCUUUUGCCCAGAGAGCGGUGGCGAAGGCGAGGAACGAGAGUCGUGGGACAGCAAACUGACGUUUCUGCUGGCCACGGUGGGCUACGCCGUCGGCCUCGGCAACGUCUGGCGCUUCCCUUACCUCGCACAGAAGAACGGCGGAGGCGCUUUUCUCAUCCCCUACUUCAUCAUGCUGCUGAUCGAAGGGAUGCCUAUUUUCUACCUGGAGCUGGCGAUCGGACAGCGGCUGCGGAAGGGCGCCAUCGGUGUCUGGAGCCAGGUGUCGCCGUACCUGGCCGGCAUCGGCAUCAGCAGCGCCGUCGUCUCUUUCAACGUCGCGCUUUACUACAACACCAUCAUCGCCUGGUGUCUCUUCUACUUCGUCCAGAGUUUCCAGGCCCAGCUGCCGUGGGCCGAGUGUCCCAACAAGUACUACUCGAACGGCUCCUACGAAAUGGAGCCUGAGUGCGCGAAGAGCAGUCCGACGCAGUAUUUCUGGUACAGGACGACGCUGCAGGUGUCGGACGACAUCAACUCGCCGGAACACUUCAACUACAAAAUCGUAUUCGCUCUGGUGAUCGCCUGGAUUCUGGUCUACAUGUGCAUGAUCAAAGGGAUCGCGUCUUCGGGAAAGGUCGUGUACGUGACGGCAACGUUUCCAUAUAUCGUGCUAAUCAUCUUCUUCUUUCGCGGAGUCACGCUAAAAGGCAUGUCGGACGGCCUGAUGCAUCUUUUUAAGCCAAAGUGGUGGCAGCUGACCGAUCCAGUUGUAUGGCUGGAAGCGGGCACCCAGAUAUUUUUCUCACUGGGUCUGGCAUUUGGCGGAUUAAUCGCCUUCUCAUCGUACAACCCGGUGAACAACAACUGCUACCGGGACGCGAUUCUGGUGUCGCUGACCAAUUGUUUCACCUCCAUGUUUGCCGGCAUCGUCGUCUUCUCGAUUAUCGGCUUCAAGGCACACAUGGCCUUCGACAAGUGUCUCGAGGAGCGAAACGCAACCAUUCUGUCCGCCAUGAGCAACGGCACUUCGUAUGCGCUCGCUAACUUCCAAACGCCUGAAUGCGACCUCCAGAAGGAACUGGACAAUACCGCAUCCGGCACAGGCCUCGCGUUCAUAAUUUUCACGGAGGCGAUCAACCAGUUUCCCGGAGCCCAAUUCUGGGCCGUCCUCUUUUUCCUGAUGUUGUUCACCCUGGGCAUCGACUCUCAGUUCGGCACCCUGGAAGGCGUCGUCACCUCCAUCGUGGACAUGAAGCUGUUUCCCAACCUGCGCAAGGAGAUCCUGACAGGGAGUAUCUGCCUGGUUUGCUGUCUGAUUUCGAUGGGAUUCGCUCAUAGCGCUGGUAGCUAUGUGUUCGUCCUAUUCGACAACUUCAGCGGAAACUUUCCCCUGCUGAUCAUCGCGUUUUGCGAGUGCAUCGGCGUAUCCUACGUCUACGGAUUGCGAAGAUUCGCGGACGACAUAGAAAAGAUGACGGGUCACCGGCCAGGCCUGUACUGGCUGAUCUGCUGGAAGUACCUGUCGCCUUUGGCCAUGAUAUCAAUCAUGGUGGCGACAUUCGUGCAGAUCGCGAUGGACGGCAGCGGCUACGACGCGUGGGUGUCCUCGGAGGGAACUUCCGAGCGGCGCAACUGGCCCACGUGGGCGCUCGUGCUAAUCUUCACGCUGAUCCUGAUGUCGGUGCUGUGGAUUCCGGUGGUGGCCGUCUGCAGGGCGUUCGGCAUCAUCAUCAUCGAGGACGAGGAGAAGGCCUGGUUCCCUGGCUCUGAGCUGGCAGAGUUCCACGGACUCACCCACCACGAAGCCACGCCGACCGAGAAAUUUCUCUUCGGUUUCAGGGACGAUGGCUCCGAGGGCAUCUGCUGCCCCACCGGUGGCAACUAUGAGCAAGAGGAGGAGGAGGAUGAUGACUAGUAAGCUGUGAGAAUUGUCACCGCGCCGUUACAGAAGUAGGCUUGGGAUUUUAUUUUGGCGGGAAAUCAUCAUUUGUUAAUUAGGACGAGAAAUAUAAAUAUUUAAGCGUUCAAAUUUGGUUUCUGAUUGGCUAGACGCUUUCAGACGCCAUUUUCUUUAGGACCCAGCAUUUAAAAAAGUAAUAAGGGGAACAAAAAACGCGAAAAAAACUUGAUUUGCCGGACUAUUGAAGACGCCAUUUUAAAGGACAUUGUAGGUAUUAAAAUAUAAAUUUUAUUUGGAGCAAACACCUCUGAAAAUGAGAGUAGUUUUGUAUUUUUUGGCCUUUGAGAUUGCUGGACAAAGAGCGCAGCUAGUACAUUGUGACGUCGUUGCUGCUCAGGGUGGAAAAUAUGUCGAUUUUAAUUGAUUUUGGGCUGAUUGUUCGAUUUUCCUUUGUCUAUGCUGUUUUCAAUCAGCAAUGUACAUCAUAGACAAUUCCAAAAAUUCCAAUGACAAUUUGAUUUGCUGAUACAUUCUAAGUAAAAAAAUUAAAUAAUAUUUUAUUUUACGUCAUUUGUCCUUAAAGUGGUGGUUUCUGAU